AAAAAUAACACAGGGGACAAAAGCGUGUGUGUUAGGUCGGGUAUGUUAUCAGAAGUACAGCCUUGUCACAGCCUACCUCCUGUAUGAAACUCCGAAAUCCCGAGUCGCAGAAAAUGGAAGUGCUGUAUCCGGGAAACCUAGCUCUCCUGAGCAUGUUCCUCAAGAAUCCUGACAACGAGAAAGAUGAAAUCAAGAAAGAUGAAAGAAAGAAAGGCGACGGCCCGGGCGAGUGCGCCGACGUGCUGACGUGCGGAGUGUGCCAGAAGGACUUCCUUUUGGCCGACAUCCUCCGCUUCAUCCAACACAAGGUCCACAACUGCCAGGCGCCAACACCCCCGUGCGGCGGCCAGGACACGCCCUCGGGAGGCGGCGGCGGCGGCGGCGAGGACACCCCCUCGGCGCGGCCGCCCUCCGCCACCGCCGCGCGCGACCACAACGGCGACCUGGGCUCCGAGUCGCCGUCCGACCCCUCGAGCCCCGCCGCGCCCGUCAAGGAGGAGGGCGACGACUGCAAGGCGGACGAGAAGCGCAAGCGGGACGACGAGGACGACGCGCCCGCCAGGAAGAAGCCGCGCAGCACGCAGGACGCCGAGGCCAACACCACGGACUCCGGUGAGUACCUGAGCGCCUCUGGGGACGGCCCUCGGCGCGGCCUCGCGGAGGGGGCGGGGACGUCGCGGCUUCGUUUCCCACCGGUCGAGUCGUACCCACAAAAGGGUCGAGAUUUCCGACGACCAAGCGACGAACUGACGACGAAUCCGACGGACUCCACCAGACGACCGAACAAGCGACGACCCGACCACCGACGACUGACGACGACGACCGCACAGCAGCGACCGACCGACUGGGCUCACGCGACGCGUGCUGACUGCUGCCGGACGACUUAG